GAGCUAGAGGGCGAAAUACUUCUUCCAGAAUCUAUUCCCCCCUCCAUUUCUUUCUUCAAAUUCAAAUAAAAACUCUCGAGGUGAGUCCCAAAUCGCGAUCCCCAUCUCAUCUCUCUCCACCCACAUCUUCAUGGAUGAUUUCGAAGCCCCAUCGUUCUCUCUAGGCAUUGAUCUCGACUACGAUUCAGAGCUCAGAGCUGUCCCCAAAGAAGAAUCAAUCUGCAAACAAGCUACAGAAUCUUCAACCAAUGUAAGCUUCCAAGUUCUUGGAGAGGAUGACGGUUUUCAAGUUCAACCCCUAGAUCUGGGCCUACACACCAAAGAUCCUCCUCCGGUUCUCAAGCGCCUGAAGCGAGGGCCAGCGACUCGGUCGCCUGCUGUUAGUAAGCGUCAACUGGUGCAACCUUCACUGGAUGUUGAUGAUGAUAAUAUCGAAGAGCUCUCAUCGCAGGAGGAACCACUUAGAGGAGAAACUGUUGGAUGUUCAGCAAUACAAAACCGUUCCGUAAGUAACAGUUCAAAGUCUCAAUUUCAUGGCCGUAGGGUCUUGACCGGACAGUCAAUAAGCAAGAAUAAAGUGGGGAAAUUCACACCAGCUUCAAAUGCCUCAACUUCUGCAAAUUUGGAGGCAGGUGACAGCAAGUUGAUGUUUCCAAAGUUAACUCUCAGUCCUCUCAGAAGAUUCCAGUUGCUUGAUUCUGAUUCGGAUGAACCUUCUACUAGUGAAGACUUAUGUCAUGAUGCUGGUAAGAAUGAUGCUGCUGCAAAAGAAAGACACUGUAAUCCAGACCAAUAUAUGCCAGGGAAUCAAACAAAGAAGCCUAAUGCUUCUGCAAGUAUGUUUACAACUGAGGAUUUAUGGAAAGAUUUCAUUCCAAAGAAGAAUCUAAGUAUUCCAACCCCAGCUCUGGAUGAGUUUUGUGAUGAAUAUUUCAGGCCAGUGAAGGAUAAGAAUAUAGCACAGAUGGAGAAAGGUCUAUCUGUCAGUAGCUCCGAAGGUUGUUAUCAGAAGAGCAGUAUCAGUGAAAAUGUGAAACAUUGUGGGAAUCUGCCAAGUCCUCUUCCUCCUGCAUGUCGGUAUUUUUACCAUGAGGACCCAAGGAUCCAGAAAUUAGUCCGUGAACGGUUACCUAACUUCUUCCCUCUUAGUGAUGUUAAUGACAGAGGGCACCAGCAGUUUGAUGUAUCAAUCAUUGAUUACAGGAGUCAAUUCGCUCACACAGUCUGUCAGCAGAUCGAUGGCGCUGGGAACAAGUCUCUUGACGGAGGUUCAAAAAGAGGCAAAAGGAAGGUCAAAAAUUCUAAUGCUAAAGAGGUCUCACAACCGUCUGGGGAGUGGGUCAACCCCAAAAGCUCUGCGUGCAUUCCAAAAAAUGCUGGCAAAAGACGAGUUCAUGCAGCAGGCCAUUCUGCUAGUCGGUGGUACACAGGCCAGGAUGGAAAAAGGGUUUACGUCUCUAAAAGAGGACAAGAGUUGACAGGGCGAGUUGCCUUUAUGCAUUACAAGAAGGAGAGUGGAAAAGGAUUCAAAAGGUCAAAGAAGAGAGCUACUGCCAAGAAAAAAUCAUAAGGAUGAGUGUUUCCUACCAAGAUUUUCCAUAUAAUGUAUUGAUAUCAGGGUUUCAAAAAUCUGGAUUGCAUCAACCAGAUUGGCCUUUAAAUCGGUUGGCAGAUCCC